ACACACACACACACAGGUGUGUCGUGUAUAAAAGCAGCUGAGCGAGUGAGCAGAGAGAGUUAUAGAGUUAUAGAGCUGCUGUGUUUGUUUCUCCAGGAUGAGGACUCUUAUUAUUCUACAGAUCACCGCAGCAUUAGCAGCAGUGUGUGUGGCGCAGCAGGAAUGUUUGAGCGGGGCGUGUUAUCCUCCACUGGGUGAUUUACUGACAGGCCGAGAGACUGGACUCAGAGCCUCGUCUACAUGCGGUCUCACCGGCAUCGAGGUGUUCUGUACACCUUUAGGACAGUGGAAGAUGAAGUGCUGUCCAUGUGACUCAAGAACUGCAGAAGGUCGAAAUGCACACACAAUCCAGAACGUUCUGAGUGCCGCUGGACCUGAGCGCUGGUGGCAAAGCAAAAAAGAUGUGAGUCCUGUCACUAUAGAGUUGGACCUGAAACAGCUGUUUCACAUCAACAACCUACUACUGUACUUCAAGGGUCCGAGGCCGGACGCUCUGGUGAUCGAGAGGUCGUCUGAUUUCGGGAGGUCGUGGACUCCGGCGAUCUACAUGGCCACUGACUGUGAAUCCACUUUCCCUCACGUCCUAACAACGACCUCUGACCUCGACAACCCCCACUGCUACACACUGCCCUCCAACGCCAAUAACCCCUUCCAGGACCAGAGGGUGUAUUUCCACCCUCUGCUGCAGUACUCCAGUCUUCCUCUCCCACAGGAACAGAUGAUUGAGAGGCUGUCAGGUUAUACAGGGCUGCGUGUGAACCUGACUCAGUUUGGGGCGGUGCCUUACACGCCUGGCCGACACCCAUCACGCUUCUACGCCCUGAAGGAGAUUAAGCUGAUUGGCUCCUGCUUCUGCCAUGGCCAUGCUGACCGCUGCCUUCCUGACCCCACCUCCAAAGACCUGCCCAACACAGAGGUAUAUGGUGCAUGUGACUGUCAGCACAACACAGCAGGUGUGAACUGUGAGCGCUGUGCUGACCUUUACAACGACCUUCCAUGGCAACCAGCAGAAAGAGACAACACACACACCUGCAAACGCUGUGAGUGUAAUAACCAUGCCCAGCGAUGCCGUUUUGACCGUGAGCUGUACGAGCUCAGCGGGCGAAGGAGUGGUGGAGUGUGUGAGGAGUGUACACACCACACUGCAGGAACACACUGUGAACGCUGCGCCGACAACUAUUACAGAAACCCCCGGAGCAACAUGCAGAGACCUGACGCAUGCUUACGGUGUCAGUGUGACACUGCAGGGUCAGAGGUCGGGCGUCAGUGUGAUGAGGUCACGGGGGUGUGUCGCUGUAAGGAGAAUGUGGAAGGAGCACGCUGUGACCGCUGUAAACCCGGAUACUAUGGCCUCAGCAGUACGAACCCCCUCGGCUGCUCCAAGUGCUCCUGCAGUGCAGUCGGUUCCCUCCACAGUGUGUGUGAUGCAGUGACAGGUCAGUGUGCGUGCAGGCAAAAUAUGGGAGGAAAGUCAUGUGACCGGUGUGCCGAGGGAUUCUGGAACUUGUCAUCAGGAUGUCAGUCAUGUGACUGUGACCUCACCAACACCAUCGGCAACACCUGUGACCAGUUAACAGGUCAGUGUGUGUGUCGCCCUGGUUUUGGGGGUCGAACCUGCAGCGGCUGUCCAGAAAACACAUAUGGAGACCCACUAACCGGCUGCAGACCAUGUGUGUGUGACCGUGUGGGCAGUGUGUCCGGGGGGUGUGACCGCCGUACUGGUGUGUGUGUGUGCAAGCCAGGUGUGGUAGGGGACAGGUGUGACAUGUGUGGGCGUGGUCACUGUGCUCAGUUCCCUAACUGCCCCGUCUGUCCGUCCUGCUUCUUCUCGCUCGACACAGAGCUGCAGAACCUCACAAUCCGUCUGAGCCACCUCACGUACACACUCACACACACACUGCCCCCCCAAAUCCCCACACACACACUUCAACGCAUCACAGGUGCACAGCAUACACUCCGGCGAAUCAUCAAUGCUCUGCAGCAGCUGCCUAAUGACAGAGACCUAUACGACACUUAUACACACCGUUUAUACACACUGCGCUCUGAGUUGGAGAAGGUGGAGGAGGAUUUGAGGCGUACAGGUGUAGUUUAUACUUCAGAACUGGAGGUGGAGCUACGCAGACUCCAGCAACAGCUUUCUGACCUUCACCUGGUUUACAACGCCAAGAAACAUGCAGUAACACACUUCAACGGCUCUAACUACGCUGGAGUCCUGGACGCUGUUAAAAAUGCCUUCAGCAGAUCCACAGAUGCAGUGAAACGUGCAGAUGGAACAGCAGACACUGUGGACAAGUCAGCGUCAGUCAGAGGCGAUGCCAUUAACGGCCUGAAGCAUGUACAGCCAAUCAACACGCAGAACCUGCAGGCGCUCGAGAAGGACCUGGCAACCCGUCCCAACCUCACACCUACAGCCACACAGGUGUGUGGCAGUAGGCGUGUGUUGCCGUGUACCCCGCUGCAGUGUGAGGGCGAGCUGUGUCCUGUAGACGGAGCGUCCCCCUGUGUUCAGGGACAGAAGUGCGUGGGAGCGUUACCAUGGAGCCAGAGGGCGGAGCAAGACACAGUGGAGGUGAAGGAGAAACUGCAACAACUCAACGACAAGAUCACUCAGGCAUACACACAGAUUCAGAAAUCCCAGGACUCAACCAAUCAGGUAAGACUGUCUGCAGAUGAGCUGUCCAAUCAGAUGAAGCGUACUCGUGAUGACAUCGAUGAGGGACUGAAGGACAUUAAAGACUUUGUUAAGAAGCUGAAGGACUUCCUGUCAGACCCGACCACUGACCCUGCAGCAGUGCAGCGUGUGUGUGAGGGUGUGUUGGGUGUGAAGCUGCCUGAGACGGUCGACGCUCUAAAGAAGAAGCUGAAAGAGAUUCAGGAUGUGGCAGCCUCACUGCCCGACACCAGCAAGGUCCUAAAGAACGCCAGCUCACAUCUGCAGGAGGCGCAGAAAUUACUGCAGAACGCCGAGAAUGCCAGGGACACAGCACUGGGUCUGCAGGACAGCACUGAGAGGGUUCUGGAGUUUCUGAAUGAUGGUGAGAGCGCCCUCACUGACAUGGAGGACAAACUGCAGCACAACCUCGACAUCAUUGACCAAGUCAGAAACAACAUCCAGAAUGUGGAGGACGUUCUGCUUCCAGUCGAGAGGAUAGUGAACGAGGGGUUAGGGGUAGUGGACACACUGCGCCCCCUGCUGGACCCCCUGAAGGAGGACGUGCAGAGAGGAAGGGAACUAGCAGAGGAAGCAGGGGAGAAGGCAGAGGAGGCGGAGCAUGAUGCCAACACUGCAGCAAAAGACCUGGAAUUACUGCAGCAGCAGCUGCUGAAGCUGAAGCAGGACACAGACACAAACAACAACACAGAUGCAGCUGGAAAACGCCUACAGACACUACAGACUGAGGCGACACACCUGAUUCAGGACACAGCCGACAUCCUGAACCAACUCACAGAUAAGGAGGCGGGGCUACGGACACUGGGGGAGGAGCUCAUGUUAAACUCUCAGCGAUUGGACGGUUUGGAGUCUCGAGUCAAUGAGCUGAUCAGCAGCAUCAGGGCUAAAGUUAACAAUCUCAGCGGGUGUGUGGGCUGAGCAACUUUUAAUACUUUUCUUAAUGAAAAUUUUAAAGUGAACAUUAACAGUAUUUUUUAAGGUUAAAUGUGUGACUUUUGUUUAAUAAAAAAUUAAAAGAUGUCA